UUAUAGCAAACAUCGCUUUUCAUGUCAAUUUCGAUCGUUUAAGCAACCCACACGUGUCGACAUUGCAUAACCAAAAUCUCGAUCCAUUCACACGUGAAGGCCCAGUCAAGCGGAUUGAACCUUUUAAUACGUGCGAAAAUCAACAGCGAGCAAGAAAAACGACUUUUAUGAAGAGCUAUUAAGCGACCCAUAUACGAAAGGGUUUGUUUACGUACAAUGUUUCAGUAACGGGGUGUUCAGGACUUCAGUGUAGCCACGACACUCGCCGUGACACGACGUUAUCUGAAAAACCGCUUUAAGGGUCGCGCAAAAAACGCCGACGUAUUUUGCUAAAACAUUUUAUCCCUUUACUGAUAUUUUGGUGCGUUUUCUUCAAAUAAAUGAUAAAUUUAGUGCUUUAUUAGGUUUUUAAAUGUGUGAAGUUGAGGACGUUAAAAUGAAUUUAGCAAGCAAGAAGCAAGUUUAUUGGUUGCUGUAAGAAGUCGUGAUCGGAAAUAUCUACGAAGGGAUAAGUAGCAGCGAUUUGCCACCAUGAUGCGUCUACUCAUCUAUCAGCUGGGAUUAUUGUCACUAGUCACCAUUGAGCCAUAAUUCCAGUGAUGCAUCGCAAUGUACGGUAACUGGAGCGCGGAGGGAGCGGACGAGGAUCGGACGCCGGCCCAUGUAGCCGUGCUGAUCGUGCUCUAUGUGCUAGUGUCUGUCAUUGGCAUUAUUGGAAAUGUAAGUCUAAUGGCAGCAUUGGCAAGUGGCGGCGCAUCCAGACUGCGCACACCGCAAUUACUAAGCGCGUGCGCAGCUGACCUUUUGGUGUGCGCAGCUAGCGCUCCACUGGCCGCUACACGAGCAGUGCAUCACCAGCAAACCCCUUGCCAUUUUACAUUUUAUAUUGAGUCGUUCCCUGUGGCGGCCAGUACUCUAUCUCUGGUUGCCAUGGCAGCGGACCGAUGUGGUGCGGUGAGGCGGGGUCGCGGCUCUUUAUGUGACAGACCUUUCCUCGCUGUGGCUGUUGUUUGGAUAUCCGCUCUCAUACUGGGUGGAGUAACCGUAAUAGCGACAUGUCUAUCAUGCCCACCGCUGGCCGCAGCGCACGCAGUAGUCACAUUCUGCGUGCCAGUGAUUGCAGUCACAAGAUGUCAUUGGAGUGUCCGCGUGAAGCUCACAGCUCUGUCCCUCACGGCGCGGGCAGCGCAUGGAGAAUUGCCCCUACCAGUUCCUUUGAUUCGACGACCGACACAUGUGAUUAUAGUAGCUGGCGUCGGCCCUCGGGAAAGACGAGACGCAGUUGACGUCGGUGAUGUCAGAUCCAAGAAACUGCAGCCGAGUCUCCUCGGUCCACAACCGCAAACGUCAACGCUUCGAUCCCGUAGAAGAUUGGGAAAUGUUCUCAUAGGAAUCGCUGCUAUAUUCGCAGCCUGCUGGUGUCCGUUUGCAGCCAUAGUGAUAUGCAGCGCGUUCGGUCUAAAUGCUCCCUUAGUGAUGUCGCAGUAUGCCUUGUUAUUAGGCCAUGCACAUUCCGCUAUGAAUGCCGCAGCUUAUUGGGUAUUAAAUAGACAUGCGCUCACUGCAGCUUGUGCUGCAUGGCGUAUUCCUCAGUUGAGGGUAAGAGAAGAAAGGCCGUCAUCAACAAACGAGGCAGCGUUGGGAGCGUUUCACCCUCGCCUCGCUCGUCCUGCUCCCUCCCCGCGGCCCCCUCCUUCCAGUUUCCUCUAUUGAUACUACUUUUCUAAACUCUUUGAUCUGUGAUUCCUGUCUUUCAGUGCCUCGUAUAGUCUACUCGCAUGAGCGUGCUCUAUUCAUCGUUAUAAACAUGGUUGUAUAAGAUUUUAUGGAGAAUAAUAUCCGUGAAGCAAUAAAGUGUAUGAAACACU